AUGGAUAACAAACCCUCUUUGAGUCAAUAUUUUAGUAGUUCAGAAGUGCCGCCCGCAUCGCAAUUUUUUGACGAGAUAGGGUCAUCGCCGUCUGAUAUGAUUCAAAGUAUAUAUUUAGGAGAGAAUGAAGUGAAUACAACAACGACGACUAACCUCUUCUCACAAAAUGUUACAACAGCGCUUACUCAACAGAAAAUGCCCCAAGAAAUGACCUUUGCAAAUGUUUUGCCUACUGUGAGUGGUUCUACAGCUGUUCCUGCCGCUAGUUUACCUGAUCCAUCAACUUUCUUUGAUACAAUAGGCCCUGAACCGCAAAUAGGAACAAGUAAAAGUGGAAUGGCAACUCCAGCUAUACUCACUGAGGCUAUGGAUGGCCUUAGUAUAAAGAAUCAAGCUGUUGACAUAGAAGCUGACCGGCGCAGGGAUGCUUGGAUACCAACUGAAGAAGCAAAGAAAACUUUACUUAAGGCGCAAUCAUCACCAAAAGGCUCAUUUUUUCCAGAACGAGAAGUCCUUACCAUGCCUGGAUUGGUGUUGGAAGAGGAAUUGGGUGAUGCCUUACAAGAGGUGGCAGUUAAAUAUCUGGGCGUCAGUACCGCGGGUAGUCGCGGUGUGGUCCGAGCUGAUCACGUGAGUCGUGACGAAGCCGGCUUGAGGGAACUGCUUCGUACUGGAUAUCUGAGAGCUGCCGUCAAUCUCACUGCCACUCUCCUUGCUGCUGCCGGGCAGGGCGUCGGUAGAAUGCACCGACCAACGAAGCACACGCCCCGCUCUCUACAGUUAUGGCUGACGCGGUUCGCUAUCAUGGUCAGGAUAAAGCUGCACGAACCGUUGCUAAAGGAAGCCGAGCCGUUCGGCGAUCUGAGCAAACCUGACAUGUUCUAUCAGUUCUAUCCCGACACGUACGAGAAUCGAACCGGUUCGAUGGCGCCGUUCUCGUUGAGGUUACUGAUCGCCGAACUGCCGGGCCACGUGGGCAAGCCUGAGGAGGCAAUGGACAGGCUGUACACGAUGUUGGACGUUAUACAAAAGAUGCUAUCGAACUUGCAACAGGGUAAAACAGAAGAUGGAACAGGCACAAUAACUUCCGAACAGGAUAAAGUCGAGUCUAUUAGACUGUGGACAGGUAGACAGACAAGGGUCCUACAUUCUAUAGUUAAUUGUGCUAUAGCUUUGAAGGAUUACAGACUAGCAAGCAAGAUACUAGUCUCACUACAGAAGCAAGCCUCCUCUCCGGCCCAGAAGAGGGCGUUGUCGAGCGCCCUCUGUCGACUGUGGUUACUAGCGGGGCACGUCAAGGCUGCAAUGGUACAUCUAGAAGAUGCUAGGGAACAGAGGCAUCAUUUAUGCCCGACACCAGACGUGAGGGAGUACGUAGACCUGGGCCUGAUCGACAUCGCGCACGGGAAGUACCAAGAAGCUGCCAACAACUUCGCGAGAGCCGCUGAUCAAGAGCCUACCAAUAUAAUGGUUGCGAAUAACCUGUCCGUAUGCUUACUCUACAUGGGACGUCUGAAAGAAGCUAUAUCUGUACUACAGAAGGCAAUCAACUCGGACCCAGAGAGGGGCCUGAAUGAAAAACUUCUCAUAAACCUUUGCACCCUCUACGAAUUGGAGUCAUCAAAGACAAACGAGAAGAAAUUGAACCUGCUACGGAUGUUGUGCAAACACAAGAGUGAUACGAUACCUAAUGUUCUCGAGUGCUUGAAAUUGGGUUAG